CGGGGCAGAGCUGCGGGCUGCGGCAGCCGCUGGGCGCGCCGGGACCCGCGAAUCCGAUUCUAGAGGCCACGUUCCGCCCAGCGGCGUGAAAAACCCAGGGCACUCCCGCCCCUCGGCGCCGAGCGGGCGUUCCAGGCCGGAACGGAGAUCGCGGGAUCGGUUUCCCGGGCCGGCCCGGUCCCUUCCUGCGCUCCGUCCCCACGCACGGCUCCGCCCGGCGCCCCGUUGGCGUUGGCGGGAGCGGGGCGGGGCAGCGGCGGGAGCGGCGGCGGCUGCGGGCCGGGACAGCUUGUACUGGACGUGCUUGGCAAGAUGGAGCCGCCAACCUCCUCCAGGCUGAAUUCCCGAAAGAGAAGAAAAGAUGGAUCUGGCCCCAACGGGGCAACGGAGCUGGAUGGAAUCCCUCCAAAAAUGUCCCGGCGCUCACUCGGACUGAGGGAGCCAGCUCCGUUUUCAGAUGAAGUAGAAAUCGAUUACAGCAAACCAUACAUCAGAGUGACGUAUGAAGAAGCGAUGAGAGGGACCCCUUUGGAUCGCCCUGUCAGAGUUUAUGCCGAUGGAAUAUUUGACUUGUUUCACUCUGGACAUGCCCGGGCCUUGAUGCAAGCGAAGAACCUCUUCCCAAACACAUACCUCAUUGUGGGAGUCUGCAGUGAUGAGCUAACCCAUAACUUCAAGGGCUUCACGGUGAUGAAUGAAAAUGAGCGGUAUGAUGCUGUGCAGCACUGUCGCUAUGUUGAUGAAGUGGUGAGAAAUGCACCAUGGACGCUCACCCCUGAAUUUCUCGCAGAGCAUAGGAUCGACUUUGUUGCACACGAUGACAUCCCCUAUUCUUCUGCUGGCAGUGAUGAUGUUUAUAAGCAUAUAAAAGAAGCAGGCAUGUUUGCACCAACACAGAGGACUGAGGGGAUCUCAACAUCGGAUAUCAUCACCCGGAUCGUGCGGGACUACGAUGUUUAUGCCAGGCGGAACCUGCAACGGGGCUACACAGCGAAAGAGCUCAACGUCAGCUUCAUAAACGAGAAGAAAUAUCACCUGCAGGAGCGUGUGGAUAAGGUGAAAAAAAGGGUGAAGGACGUAGAGGAGAAGUCAAAGGAAUUUGUCCAGAAAGUGGAGGAGAAGAGUAUUGAUCUCAUUCAGAAGUGGGAAGAGAAGUCUCGAGAAUUCAUCGGCAAUUUCCUGGAGAUGUUUGGCCCAGAAGGCGCGUUGAAACACAUGCUGAAGGAGGGCAAGGGCCGGAUGCUGCAGGCCAUCAGCCCGAAGCAGAGUCCCAGCAGUAGCCCCACGCAUGACCGCUCCCCAUCUCCCUCUUUCCGCUGGCCCUUUUCAACCAAGACUCCUCCUUCCUCGCCAGCCAACCGCUCCAGGAACGAGUCUGCAGUCACCUAUGACAUCAGUGAAGAUGAAGAGGAUUAAGCUGCCAGCCAGGAUUUGCUGCGAACUGCUAAUCACCGAAUCCUAAGUCCGGACCCACUGGGGAACUGUAAAUGAUCAAGAGAGCCAUAGGAACAGGGCUGACGGUGAGCGUAGGGCCUUGGAGGCACCCACUGCUCUUAGCAAGGGCUGCUGCCUGGAAGCACAUUCAAACCUCCUCUCCCUUUCUCCCUAAAUUCCCUUUUUAUUGUUUACGUUCUAGUGUUUUCCAGGGGGAAGAUGGUUUUUAUAUUUUAAGAAACUAGUCUUUUAAAACACAAAGAAUAGCACUAAAAUGUGGCUCUUUAUUUUGGUUUCUUUUCCCUUCUUAAACUCUCCAGGUGAGAUGGAGAGCGAUAAGACCGGUCUGUCCGUUCUUUCCUUCAGCUCUUCAGUCUUAUACCUCCCAUCCCCAGGCAGUAUCCAUGCCACUGCCAAAUGAAAGACCCCUCAAUUCCUCAACCAGCACACAGGAAGCAGCUGUGCAUAGAGGCUGCUAGGAAAUAGAGACCUCUCUGCUGCAGUGGAGCAGAUAGGCGCCCAUCUGGCAGGCUCUGCAGUGCUCUCACGCCUCUUAGCUGAGCAGUGAGAGUGUGCUGAGGAGGGGGCAACUGGCUUAGAGUGCAUGAGUUACACCCUGGAAGAAGUUGCAGCUCCACAAUUGCACACCCUGUAAGAGUGCAGCAUUUGCAGCUCCAAACCUGCUCAGAGGGCUGCAGGGGAAGGGCCUUUCCAACCAAUCUUAACAGGACUGCUAAAUCUUGACUUAAAAUUGAGCCCUCAGUUGCUGUUGGAGAGAAGAGAAUGAAUCUUUGCUUCAGGGCGCAUACUGUCUGUGCGUUUCCUACGGUGUGAGACAGCCCAGGUAGGAAACGAAUGUGUGUACUCCUCUGGGAAGCUCCUUGUCCCAGUCUCUGCCGUGUAGUGAGUUUUUCUGUCUGUCCAAACAGCCCUUCAACACUGUGCUCUGUGCGUGUUUGUGUUUCAGUCGCUGCGCUCUAAGGGCUGGAGCAGUCCUUUACACUGGUGCCGUGAAGUUGCUGCUGUAAGGACACAGCGUGACCUCGUACAGCCAACUUGCUGUCUGUGCGGGUGUGUGCAGCUGGACAGAUGAAGGGCACGUUUUACCCCAGUGGAGGGCCACAGGGCCACGUGACAGUUACCUGCCUUGCACAAAUCUGUGCCCAUUAACUCCACUCCUUGAGGCAGCCCAGAGAGCAUCAGAGAGCGCAGCAGCUUUUCCAGGUUUUAAACGUGUAAUCUGCUCAUUUGAAAUCGUGGUCCUAGUCCUGCCUGCCGCUGUGUGUGUAGUGAGCAUUGAGCUGCAUGGCCACCAGCUCUGCGUCCCCAUGCACUGAGCUGCUCCAGCCAGUGCUGCCAGGGAGUGGGCCACUGCCUCCCGCUUGCUUAUCUGUUCAGGUUUGCCUGUGGCAUCCAAAGUCUCUGGGUGGAGCUGCUGGGCUGAGUAGCCCAUGUGCUCCUGCAGUGCUGGGAGCUCUUCCAAGCGGGACGUGGGGUUUAGGGAGUAGCGGUUGCAAGGAGAUGAAUCCAAGUGCUGUCACAAGCUCUGGGCCGAGCAGCGCUGCCAGGGAUGCUCUGGGAAGGAGCAGGCUGCUGCUUGUCAGCUUUUACCUUGCUGAUCUCCUGUCACUGCCCAGAGGGCUUGACAGAGACUCAUGGAAAAGAAAUCUCUUUGCUCUGUGCUUCUGUUGAGGCUAGAACCUGUGGGAGAGAACGUUCAGGGGAUUCCUGAUCUGCCACUCAGUCCUCCAGCAGGGAUGUGUACAGCUCUGGGAGCAUGGCUGGCUGCUGUUGAUUAUAAGCUGCACAGAGCAAGUAACAGUCACUCGGUACAAGCCGGUUUUUACUCACCUGGUUUAUGAGUGAUAAAGCACUUCAUUUAUAUCACCCAUGUUCUUUCUUCCCUACCUUUCCCACCUCCCCUUCUUCGCCCUUCCCUCACUCUGGGUGUUAUGUUGCUUUCCCCAGCUGGGCCAGGCUGUGUCAGAGCCUCACUACUGUUCCAAACACAAGUUAUGCUGGGAUAGCAAUGGUGUUUUGGAUGGUGGCUUGUCUCGUAGAGACUCUACGUAUUCCUUGGUGUCUGCACAACCUGGGGUGCCUGGUAAGAAUCCAAACAUGAUUUUACAUGUAGCUUGGAAUAACAGAGCUGUAUCUUGUAACCAGUAAUCCCUGCUUCCUCCUUGCACUUAAAUUAAAAUGGACACUCGAAUCCCA